UGCUGAUGGCAGACUAACUUUCUGUUAUUCUCUGCUCGCUUACCAAAAACACGUGUGUAGACUGCCUAUAAGCCCGGUCCGUAACACCUAUGUUUCGUCUCCGAGUAAGUCUGGGUACCUGAUCGCUGCUUCCACAGCAGUGUUCAGUCGGGAUUACCGUUCGCUAUGAUGGCAGCUCAAGUGGCUGCAAAUGUCAAUUGUGAACGCGAUAUGAACACACAAGGACAGACAGGAACUGAGAUGGACACUAACUCGAUGGAUUUCAAUGCUAGACCAAGUCCUGGAAACACCGAUCAUACACCGGAGAAUAUCGUCGGCAGUAUAACGGACAGUUCUACGGUGGGUAAACGAAUGAAAAUUGAAGCGCCUGCCAAUCUCGAACAGGGCGAAAUUCCCCACACAAAGGCUAAUAACAACAAUCAAGAUGGUGGUGGUCAUGAUAGUGUUGGCAGAAAUUGUGAACAAAGUGGGUUCGAGUCGAGAAUGGAGCCGUACCCAAUGUCAAAUAAUCCCAGUUUUGAACCAAAUAUUCCUAACCAACUCAUGGAUUCUAACCGUAGCAUGAAUUCUAUGUCGAAUCCCGGCCUACAUGGCGGGUUUUCGAACAGUUAUUAUAGUGGUGGUGGAGGUUCUAGUGUUAGAAACAGCUAUAACAUGGCGGAUCAGACACAACAUGGCGGUCCAGGGCCAACAAAUACGCCUCAAAACAUGGGUCCAAAUCCGAAUAUGGGACAACACUCAGUAGGUAUGGGGCAGUAUAAUCAAUACGACAGCGCAGGGAAUUUAAGAACGGGUUACCCCCCUUCUUCCAAACCCAUGAGUGGCGGGCUUAAUACACGGACUAGUUCCUCUUCUAACAUGACUCCUCAUUAUAAUACGACACAGCAGCAGCAACAACAACAACGGUACCUAAGUGGUAGUGGUAGUCAUUCCGCUGGACAGGCGCCCACACUCUCACAGCUUUUACAAGGCCAGAAACCAAACCAGAUGUACCCGAACACGUACCAAAAUCCCAGCGAUUAUAGCCAGGGAAUGGGUAAAGGACCGGAAGUUAGUAAUAUGAACAUGAGUGGAGGACCGGUCGCUUACGGACAACAGUGGAGCAACACACAAAGAACGCAGCAACAUCAUCAAAAUAUGAGUCCGAUGGGCCCUAAUCAAGGCAUCAAUCGUUCACAGAUGGGUGGGAUGAUGGAAAUGCAGAAAAGACAACAAAGUGGCUACAUGAUGCCCAACACAUCCAGUGGUUACCAACAAGGACAGUAUGGUGGUAGGUCUUACCCGAACAGUUCACAACAGAGAUAUCCAAUACCAGGACAACAUAGAUCACAACAUGGACCACAACAUGGACCUCCUAACAUCGCCGGACAACAUAGUCAGUACACGCAACAACAGAUGCCUCCAAAUUAUCCACAACAAGGUCAACAAAUGGGUUACCCACAACAGCAGCAACAUCAGCAGCAGCCAUAUGUGCAACAACAGAUGCCGCCGCAGCCCCCACCGCCGCCGCCGCCACCACAACAGCAGCAGCAGUGGAGCCAGCAGCAAGGCCAGCCGCCUGUAGCUGGACAGCCUUCCUCUGUUUUAUCUGGAGGGCUGGCACAGCAGAGUAUGCUACCUUCCUUGCCCAACCAGCAAGAAGACUCUAUGAUGCCAAGGCCGCCAAGUUUACCAGAUCUUGCAGGUGCUAUUGACGAUUUACCGUCUGGCUUAGAAAUUAAUCAAGGUAGUGCGCCAGCAAGCAGUCAGCCAAGUCAGCCGUCAUCACAAUCACAGUCCUCUAAUGAUGGUUUCAAUACUCCAGUACAGUCACCACAUGUCCACCCUUCAGUCACAGCAUUAAGACCAUCGCCAUCACCUGUAGGAUCUCCGGCGAGUCACAUAUCAAGGUCGGCGUCUAUGUCACCAGCCAGUGUACAAGGCAACCCAAUGACCCCGCAACCACCCAAUCAAAUGCCACCACCUUCGAGCCAAUCAGAAAUAGUGAAUCAUCCAUCACCGAUGUCUACACAGGAAAGGACGAUGGAACGAGGCUUAAAUCAACAAAUGCAUGGAUCUAUGCAAGGGUCUGGGAAUCAGAUGGUGGGAUCCCCAAUGUCUGCCUAUGGUGGAAGCCAAGGUAUGUCUAAAAUGUCUCCGCAUGCAGCUCCUACAGGCCCGGCAAUGUAUCCGCCACAACAAAUGGCACCCUAUCAACAGAAUAGUGGACCGCCUACGAGUGGAUACCAGUACAAUCAGCAAGGUAAUUAUCCUCGGCCACCACUAGGAGGUUACAAUAACCAAAUGAACAAUUACGGAGCAAAUGUUACUACUGGAAACGGUGGGAAUGUGCAUGGCAUGCCUGCUUCCUCGUAUCCAGAUACACGCAUGCGUAAUCCAUCUGUGAACAGUAUGGGGAAUGUGCCCAGCUCUUAUGGAGGUUUUAGUUCCAGCAGCAGUGGUCACAUGCCACCACAAACUCCACCGACAGCGCCUCAAAGUACGGGUAUAAAACCAGGAAUGGGACAGUAUGGACCCACACAGCAGCCGAGGACUGACACUGCACCCAAUUCAGGUCAAGUUAUAGGGCCCAAUAGGGACCCAGCAACAAGUAUCAAAGGUGCCCAAGCUGCUGCACAAGCAGCUGUAAUGGCUGCAGCAAAUACAGCUCAAAAUAGGCCGGUUAUGUAUCAACGGCAGCCACCGCCGCAAUACCAACAACGGACAUUUCCACCAUCCUAUCAACACCAGCAGUGGCAGCAACACCAAGAGCAGCCUCAACAAGGCUACCCACCCAACACAAUACCUCCAAUGACUCCGACCUCAAUGCCAAAUGCAUCCAUGCAAAUGCCUAGCGAGAACAUGGAUAGUUUCGGAUCGGGUCCUAUGCCUCAACCUGCCACGUCUAUGCCAACUUCACCAGGCCCCGGUUUUACAUCGGUAACGCAAAGCAUUACAUCACCCGUCAGUACAUCAACAGUUGUGAAUAGCGUUAUGACUGAUCCACAGAAAACAAGUCCUGCCCCAGUGAAGGAAGAACCUGUGCAAAAUAAGGAUGACAGCGUGUCAAGGCCAUCAUCACCACCUAUUGGGUUACUUGGAGCCUCUCCACUGCCAUCACCUGACUCAAAUAGUAAAGCGUCGUCACAAGAGUGUGACCAUCAAAACCCCAGUCCCAACAGUUUACCAAGAACCCCUCAAAGUCCGUCUUCCAAACCAGAAAGACCUGUGAAUGAUCAGGCCAGGAGACUUUAUAAACUUUGUGAUGACCCAGCGAGGGCACCAUUCCUAGAUAAACUUGUAAAAUUUUUGGAAGACAGGGGAGAGCCUAUAAAGAAAUGCCCCAUGAUGAGCAAUACUACGUUAGAUUUAUAUAAAUUGUAUAAAUGUGUGAAAGAUAAAGGUGGAGCAGCUGAGGUAUCCCGACACAAGCAAUGGAAAGAUAUAUGUGCGGUAAUGAACAUAGGAAGCAGCAACACGGCGGCAUUUACCUUACGGAAGAAUUACAACAAAUAUUUACUAAGUUACGAAUGUCAAUUUGAUAAGGGCGGAAUAAAUCCUAAUGAUGUUAUACCACAGAGAGAAUGUGGUAGCAUGAAAAUUAAGAAUGAACGACCCAGUAUUGAAUCACUCGAUUCCUUGAAAGAUGACUCGUCUCAGCAGUCAUUACCAAAUUCUAUCUCAGGUGAAGUUAAAAGACCUCCAUCACAAAUCAGCUCAGAUCGCGUACCUACUCCGACAGGCCAACACCAUGAAUACCCAAGACCAUCCUCAGCUCUGAGCUCAUCGUCGCUUGUCAACAACAUGUCACCAAUGCCCCCGUCUGGUAUAAUGGGACCCAUGUUAAACAAUAGCAUGGUCCCGCCUCGAAGUAAUAGCAGCAAUAGCGUUAGUGUGCAGGAUCCGUUCGCUGAUGACGUUGGAAACUUUCCCCCAUCAAAUGCUCCAUUUCCUGGAAUGCCCAACUCUUAUAACGAUGGAAAUAACAGAAUGAACUCAAUUGAUCCAUUUGUUAAUAACUCUAUGGCUCCCAAUGAUCCAUUCGGUGCAAUUACUAACCAACCAAACUCUAUCAACGAUCCAUAUUCUGCCAAUCGGAACGUUCCGGAUUCUUUUGCUGGGCGGCGACCUGAUGUGUAUCGUGGCAAUUCCAUGGAUCCGUUCGAUCCCAGGAGGAGAAGUGGUAUGGGAAUGAAUCAAGGUCCGGGAGCACAAUACCAAUAUGGCAACCAGUUUGACAGAGACAGUCCAUCCAGAAGACAGAGAAGGGCCGGCAAUGUUGGGAAAAUUGAUGAAAAUAAACACAACAUGAAAAGUGAAAGGUUUGACCAACCCAGUGGUCCAGGAGUGCCUGAACCCUUGCAUCCACCACCCCAGUCGCAGCAGCAGCAGCAACAGCAACAACAACAACACAGCGGCAUGAUGCAGCAGUAUCCACCAAGUAGCGGGGACCAGCAAGUGUAUCCUAAUAGAUAUACUGCACAGCACCAUCCUGGGCAUAGAGCGCAUACUCCACAUGAUGGGUACAAUCAGCCUUACCCUGGUCAGCCACAGUUCACACCGCAAGGUCCUCCACAACCUCAGCAGCAGCAUCCAUACCCUCAGUCCCCAUUCCAACAGAAGAGGCCUGCACCACAGGGAGAGAUGUAUGGUCCACCCACAAAGCGUACAGCUGUCGGAGUCAGACCACCACUCGAUGAAGGUUAUCCUAUGCCACCAUACAAUCAGCAAAGUCCAAUGUCACAGAAUGCAUAUCCAGAUCGAAAUCUACAAAACCAUAUGCAGUAUUCUCCCGGUUACCGAGAUCGACUUAACCAAGGGCCUAUGGCACCUCAGGGACCUGGACAGAUGCAACAGCCAUCACACGAAGGCCCCAUCCCGUGGAAUAAUCGGAGCGAUUCCCAAUAUCCAUACCCAACCAGACAGGGCCACAUGCCAGGACAUCGGGAAAACUUUAUGCCGGAUCAAAUGCGGAUGAGGGAUGGACCAUCACCGUCGUGGGGUACCAUGCAUCAAAACAAACCUUUUGUUGACGGACUUUCUCACCAUGCCGGAUCCUCGAUAACUAUGUAUAACCCAUCAAUGCCAGGCCACAUGCAACAGAGACAGUUACAGCAUAUGAACCGUGAGAAAGGCAACAAGAUGAUGAAAUCACAAACACAUAUGCCUGCAUCCAGCAUGAUGGUACAUGCUAAAAAGGAGAUCUGUUUUCCUCCUGAUAGCAUUGAAUGUACUCAUCCUGUGCUCAAAAAUAGGAAGAAAUUAACAUCACGUGAUGUUGGUCCGGUUGAAGCUUGGCGUGUAAUGAUGUGUCUGAAGUCUGGAUUAUUGGCAGAAAGCACAUGGGCAAUAGAUGUUUUAAGUAUUUUACUUUUUGAUGACAAUACAGUCACAUACUUCCAGUUACAACAUCUUCCUGGGCUUUUGGAAAUUCUGCUGGAGCAUUAUCGUCGAUGUCUAAUUGAAAUCUUCGGUAUCCUAGAUGACGUUGAAGUCAGGGAAAACCACAAAUCUGCCGAUACAAAGAAAGGUUGUGAACUAAACAAGUGCAAUGGGGAUAUUACAAGUUGUAAGAAUAAAAAUACAGCAGUGAAGUUAGAGGAUAAUGUUGUGUCGUCGCGAGUUGUCAAGAUGGAGAAUGGCUGUGAUAAGGAUGCGGUUGAAAAAAGCGUAGAUCGGAAUACGGAAACUGUGUGUGACAACAUGGAAUCUGAGGAGGAGCUCUUGAAUGAAGCAAUCAACAAUAUAGAUAUUGAAAAAUUAAAAGGAAUUGAUAAGAGUAAAUCUGUGAAAGUGGAGAAAUGUUCUAAGGGAUUUUAUUCUGAUGAGAAAUUAUGGGACAUCUUUGAGGGAUUCGAAGCAGGGAGUGCUCACUGGCAAAUGGGCGGGGGUGAUACGACUAAUCAUAUAAUUCUGAACUUUGAAAAGGCUGACUGUUUGGUUGAGAAUACAAAGAAGUGCAAUGAGAAAUACAAAGGAACGGAGAGGAAGCGGGUGGAUAGUAGGGAGGAAAUCGAGAAGAAAAUUGAGGAGCAGAUGGCAUUUUUUCGUAGUCCAAAGAUUCAUGAAGACGAGGCGUAUGACAGAGACGAACCGCCGUUCAAUGUACUGAAUGAUUGCCAGGAUGAUCUAACCAGGAGGUGUGUGGGUCUGUCCAAUAUAAUCCGCAGCUUGUCGUUCAUCCCAGGGAAUGAUACUGAAAUGUCGAAACAUCCCGGAUUCCUGUAUGUGGUGGGCACACUACUGCUGCUGCAACACAGACACCCUAUUCGUAAUCGGGAUAUCAAGCCAUUCGAAAAGGAUGAUAUGAAGGAAGAAAUUGAUGAUGAGCAACCAUUGGUUAAGAAGGAUGAAUGGUGGUGGGAUUGUCUGAAUGCUGUCAGGGAGAAUACAAUGGUGACGCUUGCAAACAUUGCCGGCCAGUUGGAUCUGUCUCUGUAUCCAGAGGGGAUCAGCUUUGGUAUUUUAGAUGGGCUACUUCACUGGGCGGUUUGUCCGUCUGCUUACGCCAUGGAUCCAUUACCGAUGUUAUCGGCUAAUUCCCCACUUUCACCUAUGCGUCUGAGUCUGGAAACUCUGUGUAAAUUAUGUAUACUUGACAAUAACGUAGACAUGGUACUGGCUACCCCACCCUUUUCACGAUUAGAAAGACUCUAUAGAAACCUUGUGCAGUGCAUGGGUGACCGAAGGGAGCCAGUAAUCCGUGAGUUUGCCGUGGUGCUAUUAUCAAGUCUGUCGCAGGGAGACAGUGCUGCUUGCCGUGCUAUUGCAUGCCAGAACUCGAGCAUAUCUAUGUUGCUUUCAUUCCUAGAGGAUAGUGAACUCGCCACAAAUGCCAUGUCUAAUCCAGGUAUAAUUGCAAUGAGUGGAAUACGCGAAGAGCUUCCCCAGCCUAGCGGGGAUAUGAUGAGACGGGCGGCUACAACGCUUGCUUGUCUUGCAAAGGUUAAGGAAAACCAGCCAUUGUUUCUACAGCACCAAAGUCGUCUUCUUAGUCUUGUUAUGUCACCAGCAAUAGAUCCAAAAUUGCACUCGCUUAUCGCUGAAGUACUAUUCUUUUCCCAGCAGUCGUGAUGAAGAAGCAAUUGGAUAAUGGGGAUGAGUGUGUGUGAGUGAGAAAGUGUAUGUGUGUAUACGCACGCGAACGAACGAGCGAAUGUAUGUGUUAAUACUGCCGUUUACCAAAUUUCGAUGCAAUUCCAACAAUAACUUUUUCUAGAUUAAAAAAAUUCCAGAGAUUAUUUAUUCAGUAAAUGUGUCCUGGACUCGCCAAUAAUUUAUACCAUCUUGUGCAUUUGAUCCCUCGGUGCUCAGUGGUGAUUUUGGCGACAAUUCCAGGCGGGUAGCAUAAAUGUAAAUUUACAGUUGAGACUGGGAUUAUGUUCAGUGUAAAGAAAACUUUUAUAUAUUUCUGUCUUCAGCUUAAUUGCUGUAACAUUAAGAUUUAUUUACCCACUGCUUUGGGUACUGAAGGCAAUUCAGAGUUGUUGGGGGAAUUAUUCUUUUUUUUUGUUUUGUUUUUUUAUAGUAAUGACAGAGACAAUUGGGGAUAUUAUUUUUUUGGAAUAACUACUGUAAAUGUUUUCAUAAGAAAACUUGCUGUAACAUAGCAAGUUUGUGUUCUGUGUUUUCUAUUGGUAUUUAAUAACACUGGAACAAUGCAUGGCAGAACUCAACCUCUUGUAUGUCGGUGCAAAGAACCAAGGGUUUUGUAGUCCCUUGUCCAAUAUUAAGUCUCCUGCAAAAAAAGCAGGAUGUCUUGUAUACAGUGGGCCUCUUUAUUUUUAUACAUCAUCAUUAAGUGUGGUCUCUGCCUUUAUUUCCUUGUUUAAAUAGCCCUAGAGUACAUAUGUGAAUUGCGUGACCUGGGUUCAUGGGUCAAAGUGCAAAAAAGCACUGAUGUAUUAAUAAGCUGUGUGUUUCUGCUGUAUUUAGAGAAGUCGUGCAAAUAUAAGAAUAUAACAUUUUUGAAGGUGAUGAUUAAAUAAAAACUUUAUUUGCUGCCAGUUUUGAUUUUUUUUAAAAAGACUGCAUUUUUCUUCCCCUUUUGAUGAUCAUGAGUACUCUGUAUUUCUGCUGACUAGGUGAACUGAUAAGUAGGAAUUUUUUUUUUUGUUUCGUAAAAUUUGAUAUGUUUAAAGAAUAAUAAAAGGAAACUUGUCAGUGAUUUUUCCCAAAGGCUUUAUAUACUACCUAUGUUCCUGAAAUAAAUGUAUAUAACAAAUCCGGAUAAUAA